GCUCAGAUGUUACCUUCUGAGAUCCUUACUGGAAGGCAGCAUGUCUGAUCUUACCUUGAGAAAAACAUCUCCCACAGGAAAUGAUAUGAAGAGUACCGCUCAGGGGACUACACUGAAGCAACAGGGUUUUCACGAGGUGAACAAAAGAAGGACUUUCCUACAGGAUAACAGCUGGAUAAAGGAACGUCCUGAAGAAGAAAAAGAUGAAAAUUAUGCUAGGGUGGUACUUCAUAGACGUAACUCCCAUGAUGCCUCGGACAGGAAAACAAACGAGAGGGAUGAGCCAAAAGCCACAAUCACUUGGUACAGAUCUGAUGGCACUUUGGACAGGACCUCAGACAGAAAUGAUGCUGCUAAAACAUAUAAGGCCAAUACCCUGGAUAACCGACUAACCAAUAGAAACACGUCCACGUUUCGGUCACCAGAAGAGACAAAGAUGCAACCUGGAGGUCUGUUCAGUGCAAAUGCCACCAACACCCCAGCUUCCAACUCUGCUACUACUCCUGUAAAGAAAAAAAGGCAGUCCUGGUUUCCACCGCCCCCUCCAGGUUAUAAGGCCGCCCCAAGCACAGGAGCUAGCGGAAGGGAACCAACUGUUCACCCUCCAAUACCUCCAAAGCCCAGUUCUUCUGUUUCAUCUCCUAACCAGCUGAGGCAGGAUAACAGGCAGAUAUGUCCACCUAAACCAAGUGCAUAUACAGAAACCAACAGAUCUGCUGAAAGAAAUAUAAGGAGUCAGGAUCUUGAAAACGUCGUCAAAGUGGACACUUCAUUUCAGAAAGCUGACAAGGGACCCAAAAGCCUUGAAAAUCUCCUCGUUGUGAAUACCCGGACAGACAAAGAUGGAAAAGGAGGUGAAGACCUUGAUAAUGUUAUCAAAGUGAAUCCCAAAGAAAGUGAAAACACCACUGGGAAACAAGACCUCGAUGGGCUUAUUAAAGUGAAUCCUGAAACAAAUAAAAAUAUCAAGAGGGGCCAGUGCCUUGACAAUCUCAUCAAAGUGACCCCUGAAGUAAACAGAAGUAACCCAGGGGGCCAAAGUCUUGACAAUCUCAUCGAAGUGGCUCCAGAAACAAACAGAACUAACCAAGGCAGUGAACAAGAUCUUGAUGAACUUAUUAACGUAAGCCCCAAAGCUGUCAAAAACACAGCCGGAAAUCAAGAUCUUGAUAAACUCAUCAAAGUGAAUCCUGAAACUCUGUCCAACAACCAAAGAAACCGGGAUCUCAAUAACCUCAUCAAAGUGAAUCCUGAAGUAAUCAGAAGCAAUCAAAGAGACCAGGACCUAGAAAAUUUAAUUGAAGUAAAUUCCAAUAUGUCUAAGAGUAAAAAUGAAAGGUUUUCAGCAGUGCAGAAAGCACUCUGGGAAUCUCUUCCUUGGAUACGUAGUGCUAAAAGAAUGCACAGAUUCAUCACAGCCACAAAACAGGACCUAAUUUUGGAAUUUCUUUACACCACAGAGAGUACCAGCUUUAAAACUGUUGUACUUUGUUUCUUUUACAGCGAAGGUUAAGAUAGAAGCUAUACUUCAUUGUUGUUACAGAUUGUUUAAAUUAGGAAAGAAUUUUAAAAGUCUUCCAUGUUUAGCAAUUCUUCUCCCAACACAUGGGAGGACCCUAGAAGCAAUAAGUUUCUAUUUUUAACCUUCCUAAGAUACAGCUGCUUUUUCUGUUUAAAAAAAAAAAAAACUUUUAUGUAAAGAAAUGAUAUUGUUGAUAUCAAGUGAAGAGAGUAGAAAAGUAGGAAAAGAGCUGGCUCACUGUUUUGUCUGUUUUUCAUCUCUUAAAGGCUCUUGCAUAUAAGAGGUAGGUAGUUUCUUUCUGUUCCCUUAAUUCCCCAAAUCAUCCUCUGCCUUCUCUUUUUGUGAUCCCAAGCAAGCCUCUGAUAGAAUGAGGGAGGAUACAUUUUCAAUAGGAUCCACUAUUUUGGGAACAGUAUUGGGCUUACAAUUAACCAAGCUCAUUCAAAUAUUAUUUGGAAAUGAUCCAGAUUAAAAAAUGACAAGUAAAUGAGGAGGUAUAAUUAAGGAACUUUUCACUGAAUAUGACUUGAGAGACGUUUCAGUUUGAGUUAGGCUUGCUCAUGAAACAGGGUUUUAUUGGAAAGAUUAAUGAGGAAAUGGAAAUUCAAGGGCAGGAAUGGUAGCAUGGCCGGGCUUCACAGAGGCCUGAACUGGAAGGUUGUUCAUUCUUGACUGGAGGACAUUCCAUCAGGAAUCCCCAGACAUUAACCUUAGUUCUUUGUCAUUGUCAGUUCUUUGUUGGCUUCUGCCUAUUUUUCUCCUGCUCUUCCCUCUACCUAUUGGCUUCCUUAUUCUCUGCUCUGUAGCUGUUUGAUAACCAAGAACUUUAGCUGCCUCUCCUUCCUCGUAACUUCACCUUCCUCUAGCUUUCCGAGGUCUGUCUGGCCUCCUUCAGCAAGGCGGUGUGGUUGUGGCCAUCUGUGUAGAAGAGGGUGUGGGAUGGAAAACACCGUGGCUGGCUGUAACAUGCACACACUCUCCUUUACUUUCCUGCAGUUUCAUCUGUGCCUCUUACCUAACAUAACCCGACAAUCACACGUACAUUCACAAAUGCACCCCGUCUCUCCAGUGGGAUGGUGAUCAUCACAGUCAGUUACUACGUCUGGAGGCUUUAACCACCACUACAAAAUCAUUUGCUCAUCCCUCAGUUCUGUGUUCAGAUGUUAUUCAUUCUUCUUCAGUUCUAUCCCAAUCCUGUACAGGAUCUGUCUCCAAAUUAAAUGGAAAAUGUAGACACUGCCCCAGCCCUGAAAGAACUACUGUAAUAAAAAUUCUCACUUGAAAAAAAAAAAGUGGAAAAAGAAAUCUCUGGGCCCAGUUUUGCACCCAUAUAUUCUGGCUACAGAAAAGAAAGUUUACUUGACUCUCAAAAUGGGUAAAAAUUUAACAGAAAGAAAAUUGAGGGUCAGAGAGUAAGAGACUUGAUCAGGUGCAGAAAGUUAGUAAAUUAGAGAGGUGUCCUGGCCUCAAGUCCUCUCAUUAUUUUUCCACAGGAGAAUUCUUUUUUUAAAUUUUAUUUAUUUUUAUUGAAGUAUAGUUAAUGUACAAUGCUGUGUUAGUUUCAAGUGUACAGAAAAGUGACUCAGUUAUAUGUAUAUAUAUAUAAAAUAUACUCUUUUUCAGAUUCUUUUCCAUUAUAGGUAUUAUAGGAUAUUGAGUAGAGCUCCCUGUGCUAUACAGUAGGUCCUUGAUGAUUAUCUAUUUUAUAUAUAGUAGUGUGUAUGUGUUAAUCCCAAAGUCCUAAUUUAUCUCCUGCCCCCCUCCCCCACUAUCCCCUUUGGUACCAAUAAGAAUACUUCUUUUUAUAUAUUUAAAAUCUGUAAUUUUUACCAGAGCUCAAAACCUUGAUAGUUUAAUAGAAGUAAACCCUAACACAUACAACAGUUCAAAAUGGUAAGCUCUUACUAAGCUUUUAGUCUUCAUGCAAAAGAGAUUUGUAAAGUUUGCAGUGACAUGGGUAUUUAUCAGUUGAAAUUAUUUUAUGCUGUUUAAAGUCAAGUUGCCAAGGUUAAGUCAAAUAGGACAGUGGAAAUCUAAAUAAGAGUCAUAGGCCAAUCUGUUAAACUGACACUUGAUUUACUUUAUGAAUGUAUUCACUUUGUAUAGUAAUUGGAUGUCCACAUAGUUAUAUGCUUUCUGAUUAGUAUAUUCACAGAGUUGUACAACCAUCAUCACAAUCACUUUUACAACAUUUUCAUCACCUCAAAAAGAAACCCAAUGCCCAGUAGCAGUCACACAUCAUUUUCCCCCAACCCCUUAGCUCUGGACGACUACUAAGCUACUUUCUGUCUCUUUAAAUUUCCUAUUCUGGACAUUUCAUAUAAAUGGAAUCAUAAAAUAUGUGGUCCUUUGUGACUGGCUUUUUUCACUUAGAAUAAUGUUUUCAAGGUUCACCCAUGUUGUAGCAUGUCUCAGUAUUUCAUUUCUUUUUAUUGCCAAAUGAUAUUCUACUGUGUGAAUGUACUACAUUUUAUUUAUCUAUUUAUCAAUUGGUGGGCAUUUGGAUUGUUUCCACUGUUGGAUUGUAAUUCACUCUUAUGAACAAUGCCGCUAUAAACAUUCAUAUAUAAGUUUUUGUGUAGAGUGUGUUCAUUUCUCUUGGGUAAAUACCUAGGGAGUGAAAUUGUUGGAUCCUACAGUAACUCCAUUUGAGGAACUGCCAGACUGUUUUUUAAAUCAGCUGUACCGUUUGAUGUUCUCACUAGCAGUGUAUGAAGGUUCUAGACAGUUACAUUUUCAAGGUGAACUUCCACUGCAGAAAACAUUUUCUCAAGUGUAAUUCCAUUUGGAAUUUUGUAAGUUCCAACACAAUAUUUGGUUUUAUAGUUUAUGGAGUUAUUUAAUUAAGAAACAAAAUUGUGACCGUUGAUUGCAAGUUACAAUUCAGCAAUUUGUUUCAAUGAAGGGUAACAUCUUAACAAUAAAGCCGUCAAGCAAAAAACAUUGUCAGUCAUAAGUUCUUCUUUAGGAAUAUUAUUCAAGGCAUCUAAGGAAUAGUUUGGUGGAGAGUCCUCUAUUGCACUGGUUCCCAAAUUUUAUUUACAUCAGACUCACCUGCUAAUCCAGGGCCCACACUUUGAGAACCAGUGCUCUUUUGGGUAAGAUGUUGGGCUGCCUCUAAGGUAGUGGUUCUCAAUCUUGACUUGCACGUGAGACUUACUGGAGAGGUUUAAAAGACUGCAAAUGCCCAAGCCAUAUGCCGAACCAAUUAAACCAAAUUCAACAUAAGAAUUUUGGCAGGACACAGUUCAAUCCUUAUCAGAACUGUUUACAAAUUAUUUCACUUUCCUAUCUGCAGAUUUUGCAAAUUGGUGAUAUUUGAUUUUAUCUUUCUGAGGACAAUACAGACACAUUUCACACUCACUGACAACCUUUGUCCUCUGAAACUAUUUGCUAAAAUUGGGUUUUGUAUUAUAUACUAUAUGAUUUGAAUAUUUCCAAACAAUUCACAACUAGGUUCAUUUUUCUGGAAUGACAUAUUCUAAUGAUCAUAUUAGAAAAUCUUCUAAUAAUAUUAAUUCUACUUUCUCACUACUUAGUGUCAUUUUAACUCAGCUGUGAAACAUCUGUUUUGUGAAACAUCUGUCUUAAAACUAGAAGAUGGUUUUCUGUAUGCCAGAGUUGAUACUAUGUGAACAGAUGUUUUCUUCUUCUUUAAGAGCUACCUGGGAAUGGAAGGAACAGACCAGUCAAGAAUGGUAAAUCAUGAUCAAGAUCUAAAUCUUCCUCUUGGUCUUUAUGUCUCUCCUAUAUCAGGGUUUACUAACACGGGGGAGGAAAAAGAGCUAAAGCUUUCACUACUCCAGCAUUAAAAUUUUCCUCUGUCUCAUAGGAAAAAGCAAAUAUGCCUGCACUUUGUUAAGCAUAGUGACAUUUCUAGAUUAGCAGAAAUCUAGGUCAAAGUUCUUUUGCAAUCUUCAAAGUACUGCUUUCCAUUAAAAACAAAAUGGAAACUGGAAUUUCUCCAAGGAACCCCUGGAUAAUUUUCAUUAAACUGAUAAACUGUCAGAUAUGUUGCACAUGAAAAACUUUCUAAAAUGGCACUGCUGCUGUGAAAAUGUUACUGGAACCAAUUUCAGAUGGUUCCUGCCCUUGGUAAAAAAGUAUUCUGUCUUAGCGUUAGAUAAUGUGACACAUGCCUGUAGAUGAUUCCUAAAGGUAAGCUAGUGGUCUCUGUGGAGGAGUAAAGUCAUACAUGUGUUCUAUUUGUGUAUCUGUGCAGAAACCAGGCAAACAAGAAAGAGGUUCACUGUAUAUUUUAAAAAGUUCAUUGAACAGAAUUUUAAUAAAACAAAAACCUUCUAGGUGGCCUUGAUUUUAAGUGCCAAAUAUUUGCCUUUGC